GUAUAUAUAAGAGGACACUGGGGACAAGCAGCAUCAGGCCAGCUCUGAGUGCAUUCAGCUCCAGCACAGCCUCCAGCCCUCACCACCACCGCCAUGUCUCUGAUGAAGAAUGAGCGAGCUAUCAUCAUGUCCAUGUGGGACAAGAUGGCUUCGCAGGCUGAGGCCAUCGGCACUGAGACUCUGGAGAGGCUCUUCUGCAGCUACCCCCAGACGAAGACCUACUUCCCGCACUUCGACCUGCACCACGGGUCCCAGCAGCUGCGUGCCCACGGCUCCAAGAUCUUGGCCGCCAUAGGCGACGCGGUUAAGAACAUCGACAACCUCUCAGGUGCUCUGACCAAGCUGAGUGAGCUGCACGCCUACAUCCUGCGUGUGGACCCGGUCAACUUUAAGCUCCUGUCCCACUGUCUGCUGGUCACCCUGGCCGCACACUUCCCCGCCGACUUCACCGCUGAGGUCCAUGAAGCCUGGGACAAGUUCAUGUCUAUCCUGUCUUCCGUCCUGACUGAGAAGUACCGCUAAGCGCCACCGUCACGCCUCCCAGACGGGCUACGACCCCUCUCCUACCCUUCAAUGAACUCCCCCCCCCCCAGGUCUUUCCCGUAGCCCCCAAUAAAUGGUUGAAGACGGAAA